AAUUCAUAACAAAACACAAAGAAAACAAUCAUUCAUUUGGAAGAUCCAUUUUCUAGUAAUUAAUAAUUAGAAAAGUGCCCGGAACGAUUAAAUAACGCACGCAGCGCAAAAAUCGAACAAUCUUCUUGCACACGUCGAGAAUCAGUAACGCACCAGAAUACGGAGUGAAACGAAUAUGUCCGCUUCAGGUCCAACAUCGUUGAUAUCGACGGCUGGUGAUGAAUCGUUCGAUUUCCUGUUCAAAAUCGUACUAAUCGGAGACUGUGGCACCGGCAAGACAUGCAUCGUGCAGAGGUUUAAAUCGGGUAACUUUAUCGAAAGCCACGGCAACACGAUCGGUGUCGACUUCUCGAUGAAAGCCGUGUCUGUCGAUGGGAAGAAGGUUAAGUUGCAAAUAUGGGAUACAGCCGGUCAGGAGCGUUUUCGUACCAUCACACAAAGUUACUACCGUUCGGCUAACGGUGUUUUAAUUGUGUACGACAUCACCAAACGAUCGUCCUUUCUAAGCUUGCAGCGAUGGAUUGACGAGGUGCGAAGGUACACGGCUUCUAACGUGAUGAUAUUCGUGAUAGGCAACAAAUCCGACCUGGAUUCAAUAAGGGAGGUAGAGUUUUCCGAAGCCCAAAACCUGUGCCAGUACAUCCCCGAAGUGAUGUUUGUGAUGGAAACAUCGGCAAAAGACAAUCGUUGCAUCGAGGACGCAUUUAUGACGCUAGCAACAGAACUAAAGCGACGCCACGACGGAAUAAAUGCGUCCGAGGAUGAGGAAGGUAUAACGCUGGGUCAGAGUAAAUCGUUAUCUACAAACUCGUGCAACGCGCUGUGCAAUUUAACGUGAAGAAGUACAUCUGUGAACGGAGCUACCGAUACCUGGCCAAAGCCAAAGGACCAUUGCGAACUCACACACAACUGUUUAACAGCAAAUGCGCGAAGAAAGUAGAAACAAUAAUCCCUCCUAUAAUUUGACCCAUCGGUUAAUGUAUGCCACUGUUUUAAAUGCCAUUGUCCUAAGCAAUUGAGCCGCAGCAGCAGCAAUGUUGCGCUAGUACGUAAGGUACCUUAGACUAAAGUACGGUGCUCGAUUGCAUUAUUUUAAAAUCCCUCUCACUAUUAUUUCUUAUAGCACACGUCAUUGAAUGGCGAUGGUGCACUUUUCCUGUACAUAAUUGGCAUGAGAUACAUGUGUGUUAACUAAUUUGUAGCAACUACUAUAACGUUCAUGGUAAGCUGUGUGCGAGUUCCACUACCAUGGCAUUGAAUUAACGUUAAUUUUCGUUUGAUUGCCCAAUUCUCGAACCACCAGGCAGGCUCACAGGGCCGUGAGCGUAGAGUGAAAUGCAUAGAACAGAACUCGAUUACAUAUUUUAUACGAUCUAUUUAUUUAUUUGAGGAACUCUCUAGAUGGAACUAUUUUAGAUCGAAACAGUUGUGUAAAUAUAACGCUAUUUUAACUUUCCCAA